AUGGUACCUACCAGCCCCGUCGUUCAACAGAAUGGCGCGGCCAAGAUAAAACGACCAGUUCCGCCCGGCAUUCAAACCAACGGUAUCGCGUCGUCGAAUUCAUCCCCCUCACCUUCCAUGUCGGCAAAGAAACCGCCGACGAGCGCGAAACAGGCUCCGAGCUCGGCCAGCGAUCGCUCCAUAACCGCCUCCACUGUUCGCCCGGUCAAUCGGGCGCGCCGCGAAAACUCAUCCCAGGCAGCCGGUAGGAAUUCGAGAAACAGUGCGGGAAUGCGUACUGGCUCGUUUUCUAUAGAUGCUGGUGCCAAGGAUGACGGACCUCUCCCAUAUGAAUAUCUGAUCGAAGCCAAGGUACCGUUCUACGAUGGAUGUCUCAUCGUUCAAAUCCACGAUCACAAAUCUGUGGCCCAAACAACAAAGGCCGUCACCAAGGCUUCACGGACGUCCAACGCCGUCUUGCCCUCGUCAAUUCACAAUUAUAACCAAUGUCUGACGCCUUCGCCCUACGUACCGUUCCCGAAGGAAGAACAGGUUACAGAAAAUGGGAUUGCUAGCAAGGAUAUCGACAGCUCAAAGCAGUCACCUCAAGAAGAAAAGGACAAGGAGAGCGUGACUGCUCCGACACAACCAUCGGAGUCCACGACAACAAAGGAAGCGGCGAAGCCCAAGAUUUUCACCGCCGUCUUGCAUCCGACUCCAGAGUCUCUGCAAGCGGAUCUCAAGAUCAAGGCCACUACCCCAAAAGGCGACGGCAGGGGUCUUAAUGACACUCCAUCGCUUGCACCGCCAUCGACCCCAUUAUCCCUCGUUCCACCAACACCGACUGCAAGUAGCAUGCCACCUCCCGCAAAUAAGCGCCAAAAGAAGGAGAAGACGGAAUUGGACAGCAGCACGAUAUAUGCGGCCGAAGGACAGAUCCUCUUGGCAACAACUGCGCCCUUGAUACUAGAGCCAACACGGAACGCGGAAGAGACCAUUCUUUUAUUGGAGGCAAUGGCGCAUCCCAAGCACUCUGAGCCUCCACCUCAACCAAAGACUCGAAAGAGGACUGUUGCGGAAAUGGCUGCCGACGAGGCUGCCGCUGCCGAUCAGGAACGAUACAUGCUUGUACUGGAUGAUAGGCUGUCUGGGAAUUCCUCUGGAGCUCAAGGCUCCAGCGCCACUGAUGGUGAAGCCCAGACAAAUGCAGCGGCGUUUGAGCCGAGAUUCGAGAGGUUCAAAGUUAUCGAGGACAUUAAGAGAGAUCAUGCUGAGAAGAAGGAGCAGGAGAAGAUCAAACAACAAGAGAGUGAUCGACGUCUACAGCUUCAGAGACAGGAGCAGUUGGUACAGGCUCAGCGCCAACAAGCCGAAGCCGAACGACAAAGGCGCGAGGCUGUUUUGAAGGAAAACCAGAUGCGACAAGAAGCCCAACGGCAACAGUUGGCGGCACGCACUGCUGCGGCGGUUGCGACACAGAGCCAACAGCAACAACAAAACCAGCAGACGGCUCAGCAGCAGCAGCAGCAGCAGCAGCAGCAACAGCAACAGCAGCAAGCGGCACAGCCGCAGCAAGUGCAACAGCAGCAGAAGCCGCAGCCGCAGCCGCAGCCCCAAACCCAGCCGCAGCAACAACCACCUCAACAGCAGCAGCCCCAGCCCCAGCCCCAGCCCCAGCAGACGACGCAGCAUGCUCACCCCGCACAAAAUGGUAUUGCUGGCAACAUUGCCAAUGGGGUCCCUGUCGGUGGACAAAGUGCUAUGGCUAAUAAUAUGCAAGGAGCUGCGCAACCUCGCUUCCCGGCUCAAAUGUCUCAAGCUGCAGCCGCCUCGUCUCCUGUGAUUCGGCAAGGAACACCGCUCAAUAUGUCUUCGCCGAUGGUCGGUAGUGUGCCUAUGCAACAGACCAACUCCAACAUUGCGACUAGCCCCCCUCGGCCGCCGUCUGCCGUUCAGAAUGGUCAGAUGUCCGUACCCAUGGCGCAUAACAUGUCCGCUAGGGGCAGUCAACAGAGUCAUCCCUCGGGCACUCCUCGUAUGCCCAACUCGACGCCUAACGUGCCUCACGGUACACCAAUUAAUCGACAAACCAUGGCGGCCACUCCGCGGAUGACACAGGCUAGCCCGCCUCCCAACAUGAUGGCUCAGAAUUCUCAAAUGGGCCAGGCCAUGAUGAUGAAUCAACAGGGCAUGAACCAACACAAUCCGCAGAUCUUUGCGCAAAUGGCAGCACAGCAAAGAGCCAUUGCACAACAGCAGCAGAUGGCGGCUAUGCAAAAUGGGGGUGCAAACGCGGGUAUGAAUACACAGGGAAUGACACCUCAGCAACAGCAAGUGAUGCAAAUGAUGCAGAGGCAAUUGAUGUUGCAGCAGCAGCAGCAGCAGCAAGCUCAGCAGCAACAACAACAGCAGCAGCAGCAACAGCAACAAGGAGGCAUGAUGACACCCCAGCAGCAGCAGCAGUUUGCUCAGCAGUACGCGCAACUGCAGCAGAACAUGCAAGGCAAUCAGAUGAGGCAGAUGCCAGCGCAGAUGCAGGCACAGUUACAACAAAUGGCACGAAUGGGACAGAUAAAUAAUCCAAUGCAGAGACAGGUUAGCGGACAGAUGAUGAACGGUAGCAACGCAAAUAUGCAAGCCUUUGCUGCUAUGCAAAUGCAACAAGCGCAGCAACAGCAGCAGCAACAACAUCACCCGCAGCAACAGGGCCAGGCUCAACCGCAGCAGAUGGGCGCCAACCCUCUCCAAGCCCAGAUACAAAUCAAUGCUCGGCAGAUAUAUUCUCGCCUGAUGCAGGGUGCCGUCGCCAAAUUUGGCAGCGCUGAGAACGUGCCACAGGACACACUUGAUAAGAUGAAGCAGUCCUCCUUAUUGCAGGCGCAGCAAAUGCUUCAACAAAGCAUGGUACAACGGCGAGCACAACAGCAGCAAAUGAUGCUGCAACAACAGCAGCAACAAGCUGCGAUGCAAGGGAUGGGCGGCAUGAUGGGACACCCAGGCAUGUAG